UAAAUUUUAUAUUUUAAAUAAAAAAAUGUUUUCUUUAAUAGUUUAUAAAAUUUCCGACAAAUAUCAUCCGUCCGAUUUUCGUUGAAAUUAAUUUGUUGAAAAAGUUGUGUCGAAAAUUUAUUUAUUGGAAAUUCGUUGUAAUUGAGUCUGUUGGAAAUUUGUCAGAAUUUAAUAUGUUGGAAAUUCGUUAGAAAUUUUUCAAAUAGUCUGAUAAAAUUUCGAGAAUUUUUUUUCCGAUGAGAUAGAACUGAAAAAAAAUAUUUGUCGAAAAUUUAUCGAAAUAGCAUUAUCCCGACAGAACUCCGAUGGAUUUCUCCAUCAGAAUUCGUCUGUUUUCUUGUUGUGGCACAACAACAAGAGUUUGAAUAAAGAGAGGAGUACAAAACUAAAAAUAAAGCUGCUAGUAUAUUACAAACCUGAUUUUUACCAACCAUGAAGCAUGUGAUCUUUUCUAAGCAUGAUAUGCACAACUAACCAUGAUAAGCUUCUAUAGAUUCUCAACAGAACUAUAGAAGCCCGAUCUCUACUAACCAAUGAUAGGCACAUCAUACUAGAACAUAGCCAAAAAUAGAUAUUUAUGCAAUCACACUUACGUACCAAGGUGUUACUCCAAAAUCAAGUCAUGUGUAUACUACUCUUACCACUUCCAGUAGCUAUAUGUAAGAUCCUUUAAAGGCAUUCUUGAUACCAUAUAUUACCAAAAGAAUAUCUUUAUCACUUCGAGUGGAGUUUACUGAUGUCUGGGCUGAAACGUCUAUGGGCUUUCAUCCAUAUUGUUUUGGGCUAAGCAAGGUUUUCUAUCUUAACCAAAAAAAAAGAAACAAAGGAGGUUCUGUGUGCGAGUUCGAAUGCCGAAAGUGGGAAUCAAGCAGCAAUGUUUGGUUGUGUCUCUGAGAGGGAGCGCGUGUAACCCAUUCAAAGCAAACACGUUCCUUCACUUUCUUGGUUCUCUCUCUCUCUGUUCCUCCUGAAUAAGGGCAGGUGAAAGCUACCGUUUGAUUCGUAUAUUCCUCACAUUGUAGCCAUCUAGAGUUGUGUAUUUGCCUUUGUAAUCUAUAUCUAUACGACAAGAGUGGGGGGGAGGGUGUAUCAGCGUGCGUAAAUGGGUCAGCAACUGCGUCGAGCCGUUGGGAGAGUCAAAGAAGUUGAAAAGUUUCCGUCAAGGGUCUCCGUCGUCGAUCGGAGAUCUCUUCCUAAGGAAGAACUCAGCAGCGCCGUGAAAUCUCCGUCCACCCCCGCCGUUAGUGAUGUUUCUGAUGAAGCUAGAGGAAGCAGUGGUGAUACUGUUUUAGAAGAAAGAGACCCGCAAUACGAUACAAUGUUGAACCAAAUGGUUGGGAGGAUAAAGGCUAAACCCGGUGGCAAAGCUGAGAUGGGAGAGGCAUCGGUAGUGGAAACCUCGAAAAGGCCACUCCCAAAGCUCCGGAACACAACCCCUGAAUCAACAAGGUACGAGGAAAAACCGGUGCCGCAAGGGACACUGAACGUGGCUCAAGUGAGACACAUCAUGCUUCUCUAUCAGGGCAAGGCUCAGGAUCACAACGGUCCAAUGAGUGUGAACGAGAUUGCCAAAAACUACAGGAUUGACGUCUCCCAGGUCCACAAAAUCACUCAGUUCCUUUCUUUGCCACCAGAGGCUACUGACAAGCAGAAGAAACGUUACGAAUAAAAAGUAAAAGACUCUGUUUGUUCAUCUAGAUUCAAUAUUUUUUUCUCUAGCAAUAAUGUAAGAAGGAUACAAAGCUUUACACACGUGUGACAACAAUACCAUAAGGUUCUUUCUUAUGAUUGUUUA